AAAUGACGGAUGAUGUGAUUUCCAUAUUUAGAUAUUAUUUAUGCGUUUCUAGGGUGUUAGCCCCGCCCCUCUUUCCACGUGCGAGUGUGAUACUGUAUAAGAGAAGAUUCUUCAUUCAUAAAUUGUUAGAGUUAUUUCAUCUUUACAAACUUUUACUCCAACUAGUGCAAUAUUUUUUUUUUAUUUUUUCUACAGCCAUGGUGUUCUACAUUGUGACAGCGAUCCUCUCUGUUUUUGCCGUAUCCAUCAUUGAGUGCCGCUCCUUGUCUUGUAAUUUGAAUUGCCCCCUGGGAACAAAGUGCGUUCUUCAGAGGAGUACUUGUGAAUACCCGCCAUGUAAACGUUACCCUGUCUGUCUAGAUGUAAACCCCCCUUACCACAAUAACCACGUCCCCGCCGUCGUUUCACGCCCGGGGAGAUGCCCCGUCCCCACGACACCCGGCCCGUGUACAACGCGAUGUCAGAACGACGCCAUGUGCCCUAACGGCGGCAUCUGUUGUUAUAACGGGUGUGGCUUUACCUGCAGCAGACCACAAAACAAACCAGGUACCUGCCCCCGAUACCUCCGGAACGAGAACCUCUGUGGAAUGGACUGCUCUAGUGACAGUGACUGCCCGGGGGUGGAGAAAUGCUGCCUGACCGCCUGCGGAAGCACUUGUUCAAGACCUUGCUAUUACUACUUGUUCAAUACUGCCAACCAAGUCGCUGGCGUCCGAUCGGCAUUUUGGUCCCUUCCUUACAUGUGUCGCCAAAUGUAGCACCUGCCCAAUUUCAGUCGUAAAUUUGCCAUAUAAAUUAUCGGAAUAUGUUGGACUUCGUCUGUGUGUGCGUGUGUGUGAUUGUCAGCAUGUACAGCCGUCCAAAUGUGUUCAAGUUUUACCUUUAUAAGGGAACGUUUGAAAUAUUAUAUGUUUAUUUUACAGCAUUUUUAUUUGUGCAAUGAUACAUGUGUAUAAUUUAUCAGAUCUGAAUAAAUUAUUUAUUUUCA